AUGCCGAGCUCCUGGGUGCUGGUGCUGGUGGUGCUGGGGGGGGCUUGCGCCCUCCCUGCCCCUGCCCCCCUGGCCUACACCCAGGUGCUGAGCCAGGCCGUGGAGUCCUACAACCUGGAGCCCGAGGUGCAGAACAUCUUCCGGCUGCUCAGCGCUGACCCCGAGCCCGGCCCGGGCGUGGAGCUCAGCACCCUUCGAGCGCUCAACUUCAGCAUGAUGGAGACCGAAUGCGGCCCCGGCGCCCGCGCCAGCCCCGACGACUGCGACUUCAAGGAGAACGGGCUCAUCAAGGAGUGCUCAGGGGCGGUGCGCUUCACCGAGAGCUCCCCCGAGAUCGACCUGCACUGCUCCGAUGCCACCUCCAACCCGGUGCUGGUGCAGCGGGGCCGGUUCGGGCGCUUCCUGGGCAGGAUCCGCCGCUUCCGACCCAGGAUCAAGUUCGACUUCCACGCCAGGGGCUCCGUGCGCUUGGGCUGA